CCUCGGACAUCACAUCCGGUGUUAGUUUCGGCUGGGUCGAUCGGAAGCGGAUACGCAGCUGAUGGCUCCUCUCUUGUAAAUUAUUGUUGUCGGUGACUUCUGUCGGGGUUUCGGCGAUCAGUCGCUGUCUCGCGGCGGCCCGGGCCGGGAAGGAGGAUGUAUGGACACGCGGGAGCCGGUCUGGCAGGGUCGCGCCGGCGUCCCGGCGCUGGGGGAGCUCUCCCGAAGCAAACGGAGCGGAGCUUGGCAUCGGCGGUGCCGGGCGCGCUCUCGGUGACUGCGCUGUGCACGGCGUUGGCGGAACCGGCUUGGCUGCGCGCGCACGGGGGCAUGUGCCCACGGCAGGAGCUCGGGGUCGCGGAUGUUCUGGGACGCCUGGACUCGGCCCUGUUGGAAGAUUAUUGUAUGAAUCCUCAGACUGUGCUCCUGCUGCGGGUUAUUGGUGCCUUUUGUUUCCUGGGGAUUCUUUGCAGUUUGUCUGCUUUUCUACUUGACGUGUUUGGACCAAAACAUCCAGCGUUGAAGAUUACUCGCAGAUACGCCUUUGCUCAUAUUCUCACAGUUCUGCAAUGUGCUACAGUGAUCGGGUUCUGUUACUGGGCCUCAGAAUUGAUCCUCGCUCUUCAGCAGCAACACAAAAAAUAUCAUGGUUCCCGUGUCUACGUGACCUUUGCUGUUAGCUUUUACUUGGUGGCCGGAGCUGGGGGAGCAUCCAUCUUGGCAACAGCUGCUAACCUUCUCCGACACUACCCAACUGAGGAAGAGGAACAAGCACUGGAACUGCUAUCAGAAAUGGAAGAGAAUGAACCAUAUCCAGUGGAAUAUGAAAUUGUCAACCAGUUCCAACCUCCCCCUGCCUACACCCCCUGAAUUUCAGGACACAUAAUUUUCUUUUCUCCAACUUCACUUCACUUGACUGUUCAAACUUGUUCAGUGGAAUUCUCAACCUCGACCACUUCACUCCAACUUCUCAUCAUCCUUCCAGCUCGGAGGCCGAAAGCUGUGAUCAUCUCAGCUACUAAAACAUUGGUUUUAUUUUAAAUGAAUCAACUUGUUCAGACAUGUUAUGAUGCAUUUCUAGGAUUGGUGAGAUAAGAACCUGGGUAUUCUGGUUCAGAGGUGAUGAGACCUUUUUUGAGUGAGUUGGAGUUGACUUCUCAACAGUGAUCAUACUUGUUAAAGAGGCAGUACCUUUUUAACUUCGGAAGGCUGUAUGUGAUCACUUGUGACGUUAAACAUUUUAUAGACUUCAAAUCUUUUCAUGCUUUAAAUAAACUACAAUUAUGUGCUUUUAUUAUUAUUGUUUUGAAUACUUCCAAAACAAUUUGAUUCUGAAACAUGUCCAUGUUCUUGUAAAGGGAUUUAAAAAUUUUUUGCCCACAAUUGAAUGACUAUUGCAAUACGCCGCAGUCAAAAGGAUACUGUCUCUGAUUUCUUAGCCUGAAAGUGAGCUUUUGCUUGUUUGCACCGUCGUAUUAAACACUUGCAUAUUUACAACUUCACUUAUGUAAAACAAGGAAAUAUCUAAACAAGGAAUACUUAGCGAGAGAAUAAGAGAGCCUUUGAGAAAUCUUCGGAGUGAGGUAGGGAAAUGUACAGUUCACAUUAUGAAUUUGGCAGGCCCAUGAACUGACCAACUGGGAUUAGUUUUGUUUUAGUUUGUUCAGUUGCUUUGUUUGAAGUUUAUGUUCCCUAUCCCAAUUAUCAUAUGGGAAGAGGAGGGAAAAGCACUAAAUCAGAUCCCAAAGAAUACUGUUAUUAGCUUUUAUAGUAAGGGAACACAACAAAUUUCGAGUGUGGAUUUUUAAAUGUUGUUAAAUUCUGCCUCAUGACUGUAGUUUGGCAAAAUAUCACAAUUUUUUUUAAUUGCAUGGAAGCAAAAACCGAUCACAGAUAGCUUUUCAAUGGGAGGACAGUUGAUCACAGAAAUCCCAGUGAGAGACAAUUGCAUUCUUCACAUUUAGAGUUUUCAAACAUUGGCAAACAUCAAGUGAGGAUUAGGUUAAAUAGGGUCUUUUUUAUGUUUUACUAAUUAAAAGCAGAAAGGAUAUAUUUUCCCCAGGGAUAUUACACCCAUCAUCUCUGGUUAAAUCAUUGUUUUUAAAAUCAUCAUUUGCAUCUCUUCUGGGAUUAUGUUAACUUUCGACGACAGAUUUUCCUUUGGAUCCACACUGCAGUUGUGUUAUAAGGCAUGGCAGCAAGGAUGUGAAGCACUUUCGCUUCCUUGAGAGAGAUAGAUUUCAGAGUGUGAGAGACAGGAUGACCUGCUUGACCAGAAAUACAACAGCCCCACCUGUUGUUAUUUUUCAGGCAUGCCUUUGUGGUAAGUGAUGUAAAUUAAACAAGAUUGUCAACCACAAA